AUGGUCCUACCGCUCUGUCGGUGCCGAGUACUGUACAUAGGAUCAUCAGUUCCAACUAUCACUAAGGAUGGUCUACAGGGUAUACAACAACCGUUAAGGGAACGUUAUCCAGUAGAGGACACCCCAGAAACUCGGGGUAUCGAUUCAUGGUUGUCCGUCUGGUCCAAUGGUAUUCUACUCGAGUACAUUGAAGGGGAUAAAAAGAGCGAGACGGCCUUCUUUCCUAUCAACACGUUGCACUAUUGCGCUGCUGUCCGAUACGUGAAUGUUACCGGAUAUGCGGUUGAAGGAGGUGGAGAACGAUUUCUUCCGCUUGACUCGCCUUUUGCCAACAUUCCAGACUCGCCACAUCCGCCGAUUUUUGCGGCGAUCAUGAGAAGAACCACUGGAGUCAAGGUGCUUGAAUGUCAUGGUUUCAUUUGUACGAACAACAAGGCGGCAAAUGCGCUUGUUCGAUGCUGUUUUCAUGCUUACGCGGACUCGAUCUACCUCAAAAUGGACGAGAAAGUGCCUGGAUUAAAGGCUAUCAAGGAAGGAUCUACAGGAGAACGGUCGCCGGGUAGUCCACAAAGCGAAGAGAACAACUCCGUUGAGGGCGAAGAUCAAGUGGAUCGAGCGCCUAAGGGUUGGGAACGACGCCAGCAGGAUGGCGAAUACGACAGCGUAAGCAUUAGUAGUAGCCUCGUCAGAGGAGGGAAAAGAGCAGCCAGUGAGACAGGUGCGGUACGUACGGCUCUGGUGCCUUUCGCAGAAGCGCCACGUCGGGCAGGUUCCGAAGCGGAUCUGGCGUACGCGGACCCUCGCCUCUACGCAGCUCCAGUGCCUCCACCGGGAGCUCGGAUGCCUUUCCCGAUGCCACCUCAUCCUAUGAUGGGAUUUCCGCCACCACCUCCACCACCACCACCACCACACCUCUUCCGCGGUGCAUUCCCUCCUCAUCCGCCACCACCACACAUGUUGCCUCCACCUAUGCGGUUACCACCAGGAGUUCGGAUGCCACCGCCACCUCCACACAUGUAUCCUUUGAUGCCUCCUCCAUUCGCACCCAGAGGCUACUUUAUGCCUCCUCCACCUCCUCACUUCAUGAUGCCUCCGUUCCGUCCUGCGAGUCCUGGCGAAGGACCGAUCAUCACCGGGCCGGAAUCCAUAUACGGUACUAUACCUCGACGAAGUGCAUAUGAGGAACCGGUCUACAUGCCAGGAUCACAUGCUGGCCCUCCUGAAGCAUCCUAUCAACCUGCUAACUAUUCCACAGAUCACUAUGAGUCCUACUAUGACACAUACAAAAGAAGGACGCUGAAGAAGGAUAGUAUGAAUUCUCGACAAGAUUCUUCUUCAGUUUGGGAACAAUACGAGGCGGGGAUCUACAGAAAACCUCAUCUAAACGAAAAAGCCUUCGGCGGCACAUUGAGGUCUAAUGCGGCAAAAGAGACAAACAACACCACACUUAACAGGAACGGCAGUGCCGAACUCGCCACGCAAACUGUUGAGGCUACAGUUUCCCGACCGGAUACACCUCCAGUCGACUACGAGGCUUUCGAGAAUAUGAAGAUCAAGCACGAGGGGAAUGGACGAACUCCCGUCUAUUAA